UUUUUGCUUUCGCUUUUCCGCAGCGCCCGCAGAACAAAGCAAUCGUUGAAUAGCAACGCAAGCAGUCGAACAUCGAAAAUCAAGCAAUAUUAACGUUUUCCGCACGCGAUUUGUGGGGCAGACGUAGUGUGCGAGAGAGAGAGUGACGAGAGAGCGCAGUGGUUGAAAACAAAACCACUAAAAGCAAAAUGCAGCAAAAAUUUGGCAGCAGCCGCGCAGCGCUGGCACUACUACUACUACUUGCAGCUGCAACCGUCGCCGAGCCAGAGAUUGAUGACUUCGACGAUGGAAUCGUGGAAGAUGUGCAGGAGGAAGCUGGCAACACACCCGCCGAAGAACUGGUUUAUGAGAGUCCCGUUAUCGAUAAAAAGAAAUUCCACUUUGCUGACCAUUUUGAUGAUAUCGAAGCAUCACGCAAAGUCUGGACCCAAUCUCAAGCCAAAAAGGAUGACAUUGCUGAAGAAAUUGCCAAAUAUGAUGGCAUUUGGAAUUGGGAGUCGCCUCAGCGUAUUGUUUGGGCCAAGGAUAAGGGCCUGGUGCUCAAGUCUAAGGCCAAGCACGCUGCCAUCUCAGCGCGCCUGCACAAGAAGUUUGAUUUUAAGUCUGAGAAGCCACUAGUCGUGCAGUAUGAGGUUACAAUGCAGGACGGUCAAGAGUGCGGUGGUUCAUACAUCAAGCUAUUGUCAGCCGGUAAGGAAACCGAAGAUCUGACCAAGUUCAAUGACAAGACACCCUACACCAUUAUGUUUGGACCGGACAAGUGCGGCAACGAUGUGAAAAUGCACUUCAUAUUCCGACAUGUCAAUCCAAUUAACGGCACCGUCACCGAGAAGCAUGCAAACAAACCAAAGAAUCGCUUGGAGGAACCAUUCAAGGACAAGCUACCACAUUUGUAUCAGCUGGUGGUGCGACCGGAUAACAGCUUUGAAGUACGCGUGGAUCACAAGAUUAUAAAUGAGGGCUCUCUGCUUACUGACUUUAAACCACCUGUAAAUCCACCAGCUGAGAUUGAUGAUCCCACUGAUCAAAAGCCCGCUGACUGGGAUGAUCGUGAGAAGAUUCCAGAUCCCUCAGCUGUUAAGCCCGAGGACUGGGAUGAUGAUGCAGUGCCACAGAUACCCGAUGUUACUGCUGCUAUGCCCAAUGGUUGGCUAGAAGAUGAGCCCGAUAUGAUUCCAGAUCCCACAGCCAGCAAGCCCGAAGAUUGGGAUACUGAAAUCGAUGGCGAAUGGGAGGCGCCACUGGUCGACAAUCCUGUAUGCGAGAAGGCUGCUGGAUGUGGCAAGUGGAAGACACCACUCAUACCCAAUCCAGAAUACAAGGGUAAAUGGCGUGCACCAAUGAUUGAGAAUCCCAACUAUCAAGGCAAGUGGUCACCACGCAAGAUAGCCAACCCAGACUUCUUUGAGGACCUUAUGCCAUUCAAAAUGACGCCAAUUACUGCUGUGGGCUUGGAGUUGUGGUCUAUGUCUAGUGACUUGCUCUUUGACAAUCUUAUCAUCACCGAUGAUGUGGAUGUGGCACGUGACUUUGCUGCCAACAGUUUUGAUAUUAAGCGUCGUUACAUUGCCAGCGAGUCGGAUUCAUUCGUCAAUAAGUUGCUAGAGUUUGCCAAGUCCAAUCCACAAGCCUGGACAAUUGGCUUAGUAGCCUUUGCUUCGCUGACUGUCAUUGGUUUCUACUAUAGAUUUGCUAAAGCUAAGAAACAGGACUCAGCAGCCACGGCUGCGGCUGCACAGGCCAAGAAGACGGAUGCAGUACAGCCUGAUGAUGAAGAUGAGGCUGCUGCCGAAGAUAAGGAAAGUGAAGACGAUACAAGUGCAGCAGCUGGUGACAGCAGCAGCGACAGCAAGCAGUCUACCAAACAGAAAAAGUCUGAUUUAGAUAUUAAAGAACAGCUCGAAGAAAAUGCUGACGAGCCCACACAGACUGAGGAAGCCACAGCGAAGUCAAGUCGCAAGCGCAAUGUGCGUAAGGAUUAGAGAAGACUUAUAAUCAAACAACUAAAGCUCGGAUUUUAAGAUACUUGAAACUUAACCCAAUUCCAAAAUGCAAUUUAGCAACAACAACAGCAAAACAUUUGAGCCAACAACAUGUCAUGCUUAAAAAUGUAUUCACUUUUAUGUUAUGAGAAUUCGUUUAGAAGAAUCAACCAUGGACCACUCACAAGGCAUGCUUUAUACCAAAAUUGUUGUUGGUAGUUCCAUAGUUAAAAGCGCGCAUACAGCUGCAUCUAAUUUAUCUUGCUAGUUUUUGUGGUUUGGUUUAGUUCGUUUAUACGUAUGUACUGCUGUAUUAUCAUCCUAUAUCUGUUGUAUUUAAUUAGCCACAUCUAAAUUGAAGUUGUCAUUUCAUGUUCUAUUUAAAACACAAAGAAUCUAGACAAUUGAGGAAAAGAUAACACUCACACAAAAAAAAAACACACACACACACACAUAUAUAUAUAGAGAAA